UCUCGAGUUGCUUGUCUCAAGUCACUUCUUUACAAUAUGUGAGCUGCAAGACUUCGUUGUGUUCAUUGUUCUCCAUGGUGGCUGGCUCCCUGUUUGGCACAAACUCAUUAGAUGUUUGUUGAAUGAAUAAGUGGAUGUGGGCAAAUUGAAAGUUUAUCCAGGCAGAGGAUCAGUUAAAAUCUAAAGCUAUCUUCAAUAAAGUGGUGAGUCCAGAACACUAUUCCAUCUUGCGAUUUCCUGCUCCAAAUGACUCAGUUCUUCGAAAUGUGCACUGUGCUGAGACUUGGGGAGCCAAGACUGGGAUGUUGGUGAAGUAGGGAGGGAGAGUACAAAGGGGAAAGUCCCAGCAAAAAAGGGCUCCAGAGUUGUACAAUUUUUUAGUCCAUGUAAGUGACACCUCCUGGAGUUGUAUAACCUACAAUCAAAGCACUCCUCCCAACUGUGGGGAGGAGAGUUAGAUCAUGCAUUUGUCCCAUCCAACUCCAUUCACAGGACACCAGACAUCAGAGACAGAGAGAAAAACUCAAGGGGCCAACCUGACUUGUCUUUGGGCAGGUGUUCUCUAGACCAGAAGUAGCUGUGAAGAGCAAAAGGAUGGGGCAGCCAUCUCUGACUUGGAUGCUGAUGGUGGUAGUGGCCUCUUGGUUCAUCACAGCUGCAGCCACUGACAACUCAGAAGCAAGAGCAAAGUGCAACUGCCCUGCCAGGUGGAGUUGGAGGACUACUCAGAGAGGAGGCAACACUGAGCCGGGUCCUGAGGAAGGUUUCACCAGGCAGGGAAGAUGGUGCUCCGAAUGUCACAGCAAUGCCAUCUGCUUGGAGGAAGGGGCCGUGACGACGUGCACCUGCCAGGAGGGCUUCACUGGCGACGGCCUGACCUGCGUGGACCUGGAUGAGUGCGCCAUUCCGGGGGCUCAUAACUGCUCGACCAACAGCAGCUGCGUAAAUUCGCCAGGCUCCUUCUCCUGCGUCUGCCCCGAAGGCUUCCGCCUGUCGCCCGGGCUGGGCUGCACAGACGUGGAUGAGUGCACAGAACCUGGGCUUAGCCACUGCCACGCCCUGGCCACGUGUGUCAAUGUGGUGGGCAACUACUCCUGCUUGUGCCCCGCGGGCUACUGGGGGGAUGGGUGGCACUGUGAGUGUUCCCCGGGCUCCUGCGGGCCGGGGCUGGACUGCGUGCCCGAGGGCGAUGCGCUCGUGUGCGCAGAUCCGUGUCAGGCACACCAAAUCCUGGACGAGUACUGGCGUAGCACCGAGUACGGGGCGGGCUACACCUGCGACACGGACCUGCGCGGCUGGUACCGCUUCGUGGGCCAGGGCGGCGUGAGCCUGGCUGAGACCUGCGUGCCCGUCCUGCGCUGCAACACGGCCGCCCCCAUGUGGCUCAAUGGCACCCAUCCGUCCAGCGACGAAGGCAUCGUGAGCCGCAAGGCCUGCGCGCACUGGAGCGACCAUUGCUGCCUGUGGGAUGCAUCAGUCCAGGUGAAGGCCUGCGCCGGCGGCUACUAUGUCUACAACCUGACAGCGCCCCCCGAGUGUCACCUGGCCUACUGCACAGACCCCAGAUCCGUGGAGGGGACGUGUGAGGAGUGCAGUAUAGACGAGGAUUGCAAAUCGGAUAACGGCAGAUGGCACUGCCAGUGCAAACAGGACUUCAACAUCACUGAUAUUUCCCUCCUGGAGCACAGGCUGGAAUGUGGGGCCAAUGACAUGAAGGUGUCCCUGGGCAAGUGCCAGCUGAAGAGUCUGGGCUUUGAGAAGGUCUUCAUGUACCUGAGUGACAGCCGGUGCUCAGGCUUCAGUGACAGAGACAACAGGGACUGGAUGUCCAUAAUGACCCCAGCCCAGGAUGGCCCCUGUGGGACAGUGUUGACGAGGAAUGAAACCCAUGCCACUUACAGCAACACCCUCUACCUGGCAGAUGAGAUCAUCAUCCGUGACCGCAACAUCAAAAUCAACUUUGCAUGCUCCUACCCCCUGGACAUGAAAGUCAGCCUGAAGAACUCCCUGCAGCCAAUGGUCAGUGUCCUGGACAUCAGAGUGGGUGGGACAGGCAUGUUCACUGUGCGGAUGGCCCUCUUCCAGAACCCUUCCUACACGCAGCCCUACCAAGGCUCCUCCGUGACGCUGUCCACUGAGGCUUUUCUCUAUGUGGGCACCAUGUUGGAUGGGGGAGACCUGUCCCGAUUUGCACUGCUCAUGACCAACUGCUAUGCCACACCCAGUGGCAAUGCCACGGACCCCCUCAAGUACUUCAUCAUCCAGGACAGAUGCCCACACACUAAAGACUCAACUAUCCAAGUGGUGGAGAACGGGGAGUCCUCCCAGGGCCGAUUUUCCGUCCAGGUGUUCCGGUUUGCUGGAAAUUACGACCUAGUCUACCUGCACUGUGAAGUCUAUCUCUGUGACACCAUGAAUGAAAAGUGCAAGCCUACCUGCUCUGGGACCAGAUUCAGAAGUGGGAGUGUCAUAGAUCAAUCCCGUGUCCUGAACUUGGGUCCCAUCACACGGAAAGGUGUCCAGGCCACAGUCUCAAGGGCUGCUUUUAGCAGCUUGGGGCUCCUGAAAGUCUGGCUGUCUCUGCUUCUCUCCACCACCUUGACCCUGACAUUUCAGUGACUGACAGCAGAAAGCCCUAUGCUCCAUGGCUGCCAGCUCACUUCCUGCUGGGCAGAGGGCACGAUACAGGGCAGCGCUCCAGCCACGGAAAAGGGAGUUCAUGCUUUGGUCAGCCUGUCUUCUUUUCUCCCCCUUCAUCCUGGCUGUCAAGAAACAGCCUGUGUCUUUAAGUGCUGCUUUCUUUCAAAAUGGGACUUGUCAUGGUGUACCCUGAGGCCCCUGUCUCCUAAGAGAAUGUGGCAAAAUAAUGAUUUUUAAUCUC